UUGAAAAGCCUCAUUAGAAAGUGUCCCCAGGAUAGUUGUAGGGAGCUGAGUCAAAGCUUCCCAUUGGAGAUAGUCACUGCACUGGUUGUGUGUUGUGCUUCUAGGUACCACCUCAGAUGUGGAGUGAAAGAAUAAACCAGGCUAAUAAAGCUGCCCUUCUUACUUGGGUGAAAGAGACUGGAAUCCAGUUAGUGCAGAUCAAUGGGCAGAGAAAAUACGGUGGUCCUCCACCAGGCUGGGCUGGCUAUGCCCCACCAUCUGGUUCAGAGGUUUUUAUAGGGAAGAUCCCACAGGAUAUCUAUGAGGAUAAACUCAUUCCUCUCUUCCAAAGCGUGGGGAGGCUUUAUGAAUUUCGUCUCAUGAUGACAUUUAGCGGGCUUAACCGUGGCUUUGCCUAUGCUAAAUACAUGAACCGUCGAAAUGCCAGGGAGGCAAUUGCUUUGCUCAACAAUUUUGAAAUCCAGUCUGGCUCCCCCAUUCUGGUUUGUAGAAGCACUGACAAGUGUGAGCUCUGCAUUGAUGGUCUGGCACCCUCGCUGAAAGAGUGCCACCUUCUGCCAAUGCUGCAGGAACUUACCCCAGGACUCCUAAGCAUCUCCUUACAUCCCAGCCCUUUCAGGAAGCAGAGGCAGCUGGCAGAGGUGAAGUACGUUUCCCAUCAGGCUGCUGCAAUAGCCAAGAAAAACCUUGUGGAAGGUAGCUUGUGUCUUUGUGGAGAUCAAAUUGAAGUGGAUUGGCUGAAACCUAUUAUAAAACAGGAGCUUCACAACGUCUCAGUGCCAGAUGAUCCAGAGACCCUGCUGUCCAGCUGUAGUCACAGAGGUGUCCUUAGUCAAGUGUUUUCUGGGCCUAUGGACUGCCAUAUGUUACCAGCGAGGGGCAGCAUGCUGGACUAUUUAAACCUGCAGUGUGAGCAGCAUCAGCUGGGGUCCCCUGUAUUCUUUACAAAAUGCGUGCAGAGGAAUCGUGAAGGCCAGCUGCGGUUCUGGUAUCAGGUGGUGAUACCAAAAUACCCAUCUCCCUUCAGUGGGUACAUUUGGAUCAAGCCUGACCCCUCUGGCUUGGAAGACCAUGAAAAGGCCAAGAAUGCUGUGGCCCUGCAGCUACUUAAAGUCCUAGGGUGCCCAGUGGUGUAACAAGAAAAUCACUCUUCAGAGCAAUGAGGCUUGUGUGUCCUGCACUGUUCUUGCUCUUUUAGCUGGCUUCACUGAGCCAAUUCAUGCGGAAGAUGGGUGCUGGAU